UCAUUAUUUACGUCUGCAGCCAAACAAAAAUACGCCUCAACUGUUUACCGUUCAGUAGGGGUUCAGUGGGUAUCGGCACGAAAUACUCGGCGCGGGUUUAUGGGGAAAAUCUGUACUAUUUAAAAUAAUUGAUUGAUCAAUUGUUUCGGCUCAUCCGCGAUUACUUUUGCGGGAACAAGAGUAAAGUGAUUCAACGAUACGCAUUAAAUGCAGCAAUACGUGAUAGUGCUUGUGGUGUGUUAAGUCGAAUAUGUGCAAAGUUUGGGAAGUUCUAGGAUCGUAAGAGCAGCCUGGGGUAUCCAUCUCAGUCCGAACCUCAAUUUCCAACGAGUCUCACGGACGGAGCAACAAGAGCCAUAAAAUGCAGCCACUCAUUGGAAAAUGCAUUGCGAUAACUCUCCUAUCGGCAGUAUUAUUGACCGCCGGUACUUGCGGUCAGACCACAAUCGGUGCCAGCGUGGUGCUGGAUCCCCAGGAUGUCACCAUCCUGGUGCAUCAGACCAAAGAAAUCCUGGUCCGCUUUCGGGGCCGGUUAACACAGGCUGCACAGUUCAAUUUCACUAGGGAUCACGACCGGUUCCUGAGCGUAUCACCAGCAGACAUUCCAAUCGACGCGCCUCCGGACGGAUUCAUCGACAAAGCAAUACCGGUGCGCUUGCAGGCACUCUCUCCGGGUCAGUUUGACCUGAACGGGAGAGUCUUUCCAGCGGGAUUAAUCGACGAUGCGAAGGCCUUUAUCCGGGUCACCAUCGCGAACUCAGACACGAUUAUCUACGUGGCGAUCGUGAUUGGAUGGAUUUACUUUGUCGCGUGGACAGUUUCCUUCUGGCCCCAGAUGAUCAUCAACUUUAGGCGUAAAAGUGUGGUCGGCUUGUCGUUCGAUUUCCUGACGCUGAACAUGCUGGGGCACACCUUGUACGCGAUUUUCAACUGCGCAUUGUACUGGAACGAUCGCAUCGAACAGGAGUACUUCAACCGAAAUCCCCACGGAUUGAACCCGGUUAUAGCUAACGAUGUGGCAUUCUCACUGCACGCUUCGUUGGCCACAUUCCUGACGGUGGUUCAGUGCUUCAUUUACGAGAGAGGGGAGCAACGAGUAUCGUAUGUCGCCCAAGGAAUUCUGGGAAUCUUCGCAGUCGUUAUCGUCGUUUCAGGGGUCCUAGUAGGUACGAACACCUGGCACUGGUUGGAUUUCUUAUAUGUGCUGAGCUACAUUAAGCUAGCAAUUACCCUUAUCAAGUAUGUUCCGCAAGCAGUUUUGAACUUCAGGCGGAAGAGUACAGUUGGCUGGAGCAUUGAGAACAUCUUGCUCGACUUUACGGGCGGUAUGCUUAGCAUGCUUCAGAUGUUGCUCAAUGCGUACAACUACGACGAUUGGGCGUCCAUAUUUGGGGAUCCAACCAAAUUUGGUCUGGGGCUGUUCUCCGUCCUGUUCGACAUUGUUUUCAUCGUGCAACACUACGUAUUGUAUAAGGAUCGCUUGGACGAGCCGAAAACCCUCGAAGAAGAUUCCAGUAACAGCGCAGCGACAGCUGAAACCGGCAUCGGUACUGGCAGUAAGAUAAGCCUACCCUAAGGACUCGUUCCGGUCGUCCUCGGGUGCCGAGCUAUCUCAUCGAUGAUGUGCGGUGGUGUGCCAUAUGUUUUAGUCUGGCUUCGCCGAUUACUCCUUCGUACCUGCCGAGGUUGGUACAAACUCCUACAGGAACUCUCCCGUUCGCGCCUCCUACCGUAACGUAGCUGCUGCAGGUGUAUUGUAGAGCUGCCUCAUCUAGAAAAAAAGUUUUUGUUUAGUUUGUAGGGCGUGUAAAAAAAAUCUCGAGAUCGGUUCAACGUUUUCUUUGUCCCUGGAAUACGGGUAGAUUGUCUUCUAGGAAUGACCAAGAAGAAUUUUCUAGACUUAGUUAGGCGAACGUUUAUAGUAUAUAAUGUUUUAUUUCUUCUGUAUUUUACAAUAAAUUACUUCUUUUUAUG